AUGAACUGGAUCAUUCGUUGUGUCACCGCUUUGGUAGCGUUUAGCCUUAUGCCACUUAUGUGCUACGGUAAAGAUACCGAAGAACAGAAGGAUGUAAUGUUUCUGGAACCGGGACGCCUUGUAUCGUAUGCGUACGAUGAAUGGAGCAUAUCUAGACCGGGUCUGGUCGUGUAUUGCUACCCGGGCCAAGAGCAAACACUGUUGAACGCUUUCUGCACCGUAUCGAUUCGUAUGCACUGUGACCAUGAUAACUACAACCAGUACCCGGGCAGUUCUCCGGUGGAGGUUAAGAAACACUACAAAGCCGAACAGAGUUUGUUCAGCUUCAAUGUGUUCGCCUCACGUAAGCGAAGGCAGGUAGAGCUGGAACCCUUCAACCAAAGCUGUCUCGGUGUGGUUUCCUCCGGAAAGUACGAAAUAGAGGUGCUGUUAAAUCGAUUCGAUUUGUGGCGCGUUGGACUGCUGGUUUUGGGUGUGCUGCUGUUCUACAUUGCGCUGCCGAUGAGCCAAAAUCCUCUGUUUUACUACACCGGAGGAAUUCUUAUCGGACUGACAUCGUUCGCACUAGCCCUCGUGUACAUGUUUAGCAAGUUGAUGCCGUAUCGACCGCUUAUGCUCGGUGUAAUGGUUGGCGGAUGGACACUUGGAUUUUACGGCAUGCAGAUGAUGUACGAAAACUUGCGACUAAUCUUCGUGCUCUACCAACAUUACGUGUUUUGGUAUUUGGCCAUCGUUGGAUCGAUCAGUUUCUUCGUGUGCUAUCGGCUUGGACCACCGAAAGAUCACCGCAGCAAACGAGUCAUUCAGUGGACGCUGCAAUUGAUCGCCCUAACGAUGGUGUUCUUUAGUAGCUAUCAGCGUACACUCGCCACCGGGUUUGUGCUGAUCGUCAUUGCGGCUUACUAUCAUGCCACUCCGCUGGCCGCGUUACGCUGGAUACGCAAUCGGUUUCGUAGCCGCUAUCCAGGCCGUCGACGGUUGCUCACGGUGGAAGAGUUCGAGGAGCAAGGUCGGGCCGAAACGGAUCGUGCGCUGAAAGAUCUACGCGAAUACUGUCGCAGUCCGGAGUGUAAGCAGUGGACGACGAUGAUGAGGCUGCGAGAUCCGGUGCGUUUUGCAUCGUUCGUCGAAGGUUCGCCGCACGUGAUGGAUGAGGAAUGCUUCGAGUACGACAAUGUUCACUCCAGCAUAAGCAAUGACGAAUCGGAGGAACUGCAAGAAUCGAGCGAAGGGGAUGAGAACUGA